UUGAAAUAUUUUUCGUGUUAUUGAAGUGUGUGUAUGGUUCAAACAAAACAUUUAUUUAUCGAAAUCUGCAUUAAAACUAACUAAAAUCAGUGAAACGGAUACAAAUCUGGCGAUUUUGUUGUAUGGAAAUCAAACAAUUGAAAAUUGAUACAAUUUUAAAGUGAGAGUGCAAUAAGUCAUUAAAGUGGACUAAGAAGUGCACAGGAGUUUUCAUUGAACACUUUUUUUCAUGACACAUUGUAGACUUUGUGUACAAUUUAAGCGACGAUUGCUUAUAAAUAUACCUUUGCUGUACAAGAAGUGCAUUUAAGAAAACAAGUUUGUCGGCUACAGCGCGACUACUAUUCGACGAGCAUUUCCAAAGUGUGUGACUUAUUGUGGUUCAAAUUUAUUUAAAAAAACUUCUUAAACAAAAUGCCUGCUAGUGGUCCAGUUUAUCAACCCACAACAGUUUCUUAUGAAAUCCGGCCGGGAUUGCUUUCUCAAACCGCUUCAGCAUCACCGUUAAUUAUUUUCAAAAAACCAAUACGACAAAUCAUUUUGCUGGUUUUUUCACUACUCGCAAUAGCAGCUGGUAUUACAAUGAUUGUAAAUGGAGCCGUUGACUAUGAAGACACCGAAGAGCAUAAAGAAGAGCUUGAACUGAAUGCAAGUCAAGCGGAAACACGAGAUAUUGGCAUCGUUAUCGGUGGCGUUUUGAUGACAAUAGUCGGUUUCAUCGGCCUGGGUCUGUAUGUGGUGGUGGCCGAUUGGAGAUGCAGCUAUGUGUGUCCGUGCAUUUUGUCGAAGAAACAAGGACUUGCACGCCAAUUACAAGGACAAAGUGGUGGACAAAUAAUGGCCGCAUUGAAUCCAUCCACCGAUCCACUGGUGUCGCACACACAGUACGCACCGGUGUCGGAAUUGCCUCGGCCAGACGAUGAGGAAUGCCGAACGUUGAUGCCUGGCGACAACAAAGAUUGUUUAAGCAGCGCCGAAGAAUCGGAUAGAAUGUUGGAUCCAGAUCCAAGAAUUGUUCUGCGUCCGAUCGGAUAUGUUGAAGAUGCCUAAAACUUAUGGACUUUAGAUGGAAAAGAGUAAACGGCUUCUCCGCACCCUUCAAUUAAAACAAGAGGAAAAAAAAUUAUUUGAGAUUAACUGUGAGAUCUAGCAAUAAUUAAGUUUUAAUUUUCGUUUAAUUUAACUCUUCUUUUCGGGUAAGUAGUUCAAUGUAAAUUAACGAUAAGUUUCGAAUGGAAUUGUAAUGCAGAAGAGGGGAAGAAUUGAAUGUCAAUGACUAGCAUUUACACAUGGGCGUAAAUUUCGAUUAAAUUGUAGGGCAUAAUGGUUAAGAUUUUGACAUAAAAAUAGCGGGAGAGUCUAUAAGUGAAGCGGUAUAUCAGA